AGUCAGUGUCCUGUUCCAACCCUGGUUCAAUUGAAAGCCAAUUUACUGCAUGUAUACAUAGAAGCCAUACAAACAAGACGGACAAGAUGGUGACGAACAAAAAGUGGUUGCAGAUGUUUGAAGAGAAGGAGGGAGAUCACUGGAAAGCGAAAGAUAAGUGUCGGGCUGUGUGGAGUGAGGAUGGUGAAGCUUACGACUGCGAGAUUCUCCGAAUCCGCACCGAUUGCUUCGGCCAAAGGGUAUUACAUCCAUAGUCUGUUAGCGUUGUUGAUAGUCUUGCAGUCAUGCUACACUCGCAAUCUUGCUGUAU